AUGAAGCGAAGGGUCGUAUCCUCAUUACGAACGGCAUCGCGUCCCAGACCGACCUUUAGGACUAGACCUGGCUGCGGUCAUGUGACCGCGAUACAACGUAGGAGCGUGACAUCGGCAUCAGAACUACACUUUGGCCAAGCACUCCAUGAAACCCACCCUCAUCUGAUCAAAGCCGGCGACCUCACACCGGGCAUCUCAGCCCUUGAGUACCAUCACCGACGAGCAGCGCUCGCUCGAAAGCUUCCGCGCAACAGUGUUGCCAUCCUCGCCGCUGCAGACCUCAAAUAUCGCUCCGGUGCAGUCUUUUACGAAUUUCACCAGGAACCCAACUUCUUCUACCUUACCGGCUUUACGGAGCCUGAGGCAGUCGCUGUGAUCGAGAAAGGGACGUCAGACGUCGAGUACACUUUUCACCUCUUCGUCCGACCCAAGGACGAGAAAGCAGAGCUAUGGGACGGCGCACGAUCAGGUGUGCAAGCGGCGCAAGAUGUCUUCAACGCGGAUGAAGCUGCGAGCAUUGAGGAGGUGUCGAGAAAGAUACCAGAUAUCGUUGGUGGUGCAAGGACGAUCUUCACAGAUAUUGGCUAUGGGAGUCGUAAAAGCGCCUUCAAGCGCUUCAUAUCUGGCUCGGACCCGAAGGUCGACGGGCUAGCUAAGACUCUGCAGGCGGCGAAUGUCAAGCCUUUACGACCUAUACUGAACGAGCUUCGGGUCAACAAGUCCGAGGCUGAGUUGGAUUGUAUGCGCCAUGCUGGAAGUGUAUCUGGUGCCGUCAUCACGGAGGCAAUGAAGACUGGCUAUCGUACUGAGAAGCAACUUUGGGCAGAUCUGGCUUAUGGCUUCCGAACUCAAGGACUAGAUGGUGAAGCAUAUGUCCCAGUCAUAGCAGGAGGUGAAAACGCUCUCAGCAUACACUACGUGCGCAACGACCAGCAGCUGAAACAAGGAGAGGUGGUGCUCGUCGAUGCGGGUGGCGAGUACGGUGGCUACAUCACAGACAUCACACGAACGUGGCCUGUCAACGGCAAGUUUACCGCAGCACAACGAGAGAUGUACGAUAUGAUUCUCAAAGUCCAAGAGUCGUGCAUCAGUCUCUGUCGCGAAGACGCCGAGAUGUCUUUAGACCGAUUACAUCGGGUAGCCGAAGAUGGUCUAAAGAACGGGUUGAGAGACCUGGGGUUCGACACAAGCGGCGAUGCGCUACAGGUCCUCUUCCCACAUCACGUGGGCCAUUUUAUCGGCCUUGAUGUACAUGACGCCCCGGGCUACCCGCGAACCGACUGUUUGAAGGAGAACCAGUGUAUCACCAUCGAGCCGGGGAUAUAUGUGCCGAACCACGACCGCUGGCCAGAGCAUUUCCGUGGCUUGGGGAUAAGAAUAGAAGAUUCUUUAAGAAUAGGCAAGGAGAAAGUGGAAGUCUUUACGAGCUCGGCCGUGAAAGACGUACAUGAUAUAGAAGCACUUCGGAGCUAG